CUCUACUGAAAUGCAUUUGGCCAUCAAAUAUUUUUGAACCCCCGCCCAUUCGUCUUUUCUUUCCCGAUAGUUGGAUCCCGCCCUAAUUUUCCAGUUCUAAUUCCCCCCGCCCCACCCCCAAAUCUGAAAUCUUACCUCUCUCUCUCUCUCUCUCUCUCUCUCUCUCUCUUCCCAAUCCCUAAUCUCUCUGCAUCUCGCAACUCAAACCUCCCCCGCAUAAACUCGCGCACAAACACUUUGCUACCCCGAUAGUCAAAAUUCCACACUUUUUCGCGAUCUUAAAAAAAAAAACCUAACUUCCUCUUAGGGUUUUAGUUAUUUGUUCUUCUAAUUCCUGUGAUUUCUCCUCUUACCAAGUGACUCUGCUUCUCUGAUUCGGGACUGCGGUCCAUGGCGAGCGAAACCCUAGAGGAGAAAAAGCCGGAUCAGGAAGCCCCGGUAGAGAGCAAGGAGGAUUCCCCGCCCAAACUAGUGGAAGAGAAAGUCGACGAGGGUAUGAAAGAGGAGCAGGAAGAAGACGAUGCCGCGAUGAAAGAAAAGCCUGAGGAAGUGGAAGGAAAACAGGCUGAAGAGAGCGUAAUUAAGGAAGAGGAGAAACAGAAGGAAAACGACAAGGAAGAGGAGAAUCAAGAAGAGAAGGUGGAGCAACCGAUUCAAGAGAACAAGGAGGACCAAAAUUCCGAAGUUCCCCAUGUAAAAGCUGACAAGGGGAACGACGAUGAGCCAGCAGAGGAAGAUGGCAUAGACCGAAAGGAGGAGGCGGAGGAUGAGGACGCCGAGGUUGACAAGGAGGAGGACGUUGAAGAUGAAGAAGCAGAGGGUAAGAAAAGUAAUCAAGGUGAAAAGAACACUUCCGAAGCCAGCGAGGAGAAGCAGAGUAAGGAACCCACUGAUAAGAAAGAAGCUGUGACCCCAAGCAAUGAGAGGCCAACCAGGGAGCGGAAGAUGGUUGAAAGAUACUCUAUUCCUGAACGAGGCAGGUCUUCUGCUAGUAAGCCAUUGUCAAUUGAGAAGGGCCGGGGGACACCUCUGAAAGAUAUUCCUAAUGUGGCCUUCAAGUUGUCCAAGAGAAAAGCUGACGAGACUCUGCAGAUCCUUCACACUUUACUAUUUGGAAAGAAAGGAAAGGUGCAAAGUAUGAAGAGAAAUAUUGGUCGGUUUUCUGGCUUCGUCUGGACUGGGAAUGAGGAAAAACAGAAGUCAAAAGUUAAGGAGAAGCUUGACAAGUGUGUAAAAGAAAAGCUUAUAGAUUUCUGUGAUGUGCUCAAUAUUCAAGUAACUAAAGCCACGAUGAAAAAGGAAGAACUCACUGUAAAAAUCAUGGACUUCUUGGAAUCCCCACAUGCUACAACUGAUGUUUUGCUUGCUGAUAAGGAACAGAAAGGUAAGAAGCGAAGGUCAAUAACUGGGAAGAACUCAAAUCCUGGUGAAGCAUCAGCUAAGAGGCAAAAACAGUCAUCUCAGGCUGAGGAAAAGCAAAAACCCUCUCCCAAAGUUGAGGAAGAAGAUGAGGAUGAUGAUAAAGAUGAAUCUGCAGAUGCUCAUGAGGAUUCUCAAGGUGAUGAUGAUAACGAUGAGACUCUUCCCAAAGAUGAAAGUGAUCAGGAUGAGGAUAAAUCGGACGAAGAUGAACCAAAGAAAGAAACACCAAUUCAAAAGUCUUCAUCAAGAAAGAGUGCAAAGGAUGCUCCAAAAAGCAGGGAGAAAGCUACACCUGGUAAGAGCAGCACCGCUGCAAAAAGUCUGCCAAGACCGAAGAAGUCAACUACUCAGUCAGCUAAACCAAGUGCAGAUACUGAUGCAGGGUCUGGUUCAGUUUUGAAAUCCAAAGGGUCUACAUCUAGGAAACGCAAGGCUGAAGAACAAGAUGUUUCGAAAAAGGAAAAUAGUUCGAAAAAGCAGUCAGGCAAAUCAACUUCAAAAGCUUCUACAAAAGAUCAAGGGAAAGGAAAAUCUGGCAAGAAGGCCAAGGCUGAACCCACCAGGGAUGAGUUGCACGCAGUUGUUGUUGAUAUCCUGAAAGAAGUUGAUUUCAAUACAAUGAGCAACUUUGUCUGAUAUACUCAAGCAACUUGGUAUGAUCACCUUGUUCCCAUUGCAAGCUGUAAUGUCAUUUUAUCCUUUUAUCACUCUCCUAACCACCCAGGUUAUUCUUUAUGGCUGUAUCAGGUAAACACUUUGAUGUGGAUCUAAUGCACAGAAAAGCUGAGGUGAAGGAUGUUAUAACUGAAGUUAUAAAUAACAUGUCCGAUGAGGAAGAUGAAGGUGACGAGAAUGCUGAAGCUGGCGGGGAUGCGGACAAAGAUGAUGACGUUGAUGAUUAAUUAGGGCUUACAUAGGAAUUUCCCUCUGGAUGACAAAUGUCAUGGAGCAAUUUAAACAAGAGAAGCGAAGGAAAAAACCACUGUUGACAUUUCAACAUCAGAACAUAUCUCCCCAAGAAAACGUAGCCAACUAGGGUUGUUUGUACCAUAUCCUAAUUUGUAACUUCUUUCUUGAACAAGCGGUGUUGAGCUGACAUUAACUUGAUAGUUCUGCCUGACCAGCUCUCCUGCUUCCUUACCCCCUUUCUGUAAUUGCCUUUUCCUUACUUUUCACUUGUUAGAUAUAGAGCUCCGAAACAGGUGUUAUUUUAACUUAUGUGCAUUCGUAGCUGUUUGAAGCAGUUGUAGCUUUCUGUAAUUUUGAAGCUUUGUUGGUAUAUUCGUGGACCUAGUUGAUUUAGCUUGUGAGUGAUUGUGAAUUGGUUCUCUUUUGUUUACCGUCUUAUAGGCUUAAAUUUU